AACUAGCUCAUAAAAACAAGGUGGAGAAAAACCCUCUCUUCAUGGGCACACCCAUUUUCAUCCACUUCUAUAUAUCUACAUCUACUUGCGUAAUUAAUUUCUCCGCGUUAUCCGUAUUCCAGGCUCGGACCUGAUGCUUUACGAGAUGGGAUUCAGUCUGUUGGCAAGGCCCACUGUGGAAUUCCACGAUGAAACGAAAUGGCCAAGUACUUCAACCCAAGAAGAUGCCGAGCUUUGUGGCGACCACCCAGAAGGCGAAAAAGAACGAGAACGACCCCGCAAUAUUGUUUCCGCAGCUAAUUUGAAGCUCAAAAUUCCACCCCGCGAUCUCCAGGCUGAGAAAGAUCUUGAUGAAUCAAACGAUGAGUGCAAGACUCCAACACUUUCGGGUCACAAAAUCCCAUCGAGCCUGCCGUGUCCGCCUGCUCCCAAGAAGCCCAAAUCAAUUCCAUCCGGCAAGCGAAAACCUUGCGCCACCGGAAAUUUUCUUGAUCUGUCCAAAGAGAUCGAAUCUUUGUUUCCGGCGCCGUUGCUGCUAGAUCUUUACGGUAAGAUUAAGAAAGUGAGACGAGGAAAUGGCACUCCAAUGAUCGAUGAGUAA